GCGCGAUGUUUUGUUUACCUCAGCGAUUCCUGUUCCUCAAGCUCCUCGCUGCUCAGCCCGAGAAAACACGUCUCUAAGUCCGUUGUUUAAGCCGUCUGUCAUGGCUUCUGAGGAAGGCAAUGUUAUCUUUGAUGCUAACGAUAAGGAACUCACCCAUGAAGAAAUCUGGGAUGACACACUACUGAUCCAGCAGUAUGAUGAAGCACUGGCUCAGGUGCAGCGGCAGUUGCACAAACGUAUGUCACAGAACAACACCACAGAAAGCGAACAGUCAGAGGCCCCACAGUCGGAAAGGAUCACCAGAGCCCUUCCUCAACAGUAUAAUGUCCCAAGAGCAGGAAAAUUCACACUAACAACUUUACUUCAGUGGCACACAGGUGAUGCAUGCCGAGCACGAUUUUCGGAGGAUAAUGUUAUCUAUGAGGCAACAAUCAUUGGAAUGAACGCUAAAGAAGGAACCUGCGUUGUGCGAUAUGUUGGCUACAACAAUGAAGAGGAAGUUCCGUUAAGCAAACUCCAGAAGUCCAGAGGAGAGUCAGCCCGCAAGCAACAGGAAGAUGAUGCUGACUUUGAUAACUCAGAGGCAAGCAGUUCUGUGGCUGAUAGUGACAUUCAAACUGAUACCGAUUGCGAACGGUCCAAUAAGAGGCAAAAACCACGCCAUAGACAGUAUUCUCAUUCAGAUAUGAUGCCUCCCCCUAAGCUCCCACCAAGCGGACCAAGUUUUGUACCUCCGCCACAUCUGCCACACCUGCCACCACCUCCAGCCCUAGCCAUGGACCUUCACAGCAACCCCAGCACAUCAGAAGCCCUGCACACGAUGCUCAUGAGUUGGUACAUGGCUGGGUACCACACAGGAUAUUACCAGGGGCUGAAGCAGUCCAACUCUCACAGAGAGCAUAUGUGCUGAAACCUUGUUACUAGUACAAGUUGUCUAUACUUUCUCUUUUUUUUCCAGUAUUUGUAUAUUAUUUUUUCUUUAAUUUUCUUUUUUUUAACUAUUUAAGUAAGGUCCUUAACUUUUGCUAAUAUUUUUUAAGAAGUUCUUUGUCACUGUGAUUCAUUUACCAUAUUAUCUCUAACAUUUUACAGAAGGUUGAAGAUUAGUUUGUGUUAAUAUUCAUUACUGUAAUAAAUGAAAUAUGUAGCAUGUUCAUACUUGAAUAACUAUAUUGAUGCAUAAUGUUUUCUAUACAUAAAAAAACUAGCAGAAUUUUUUC